AUGGCCACUGCCAAAACAUAUGUGUCAGCCGGAAACCUCUUCUGGUGCAACCUCAGGCACCUGAAUAGCCCAAGUGUUCCGCUUCCAGAAAAAAGUUUGGAAUUGCAGUUCAACUACUUUCAGGGGGCUGGCCCGGAGAAGCUACGUGAAGAAAUCGUCAUUGCUGUUGAUGCUGCGACGGACGCUGCACAAUUUCAACGAGACCAAGUUCAAGGCAAACUCAAGCGAAUUUCGCCUGAAGAGCUGGAUCACUCCUUGAUCAUGUACAUUGCGGAUCUGAUCCGGAUGGGGGAAACCGAUGAAGAGUUGCUGCGCUGGAAACAAGUUGUGCUCAGCAUCAGCCUGCGAGUGGAAGUCAUUUGUGGCUAUGAAGAUUGCUUUUGGAAGUCAACCAACCUUCGCCAGAGGUAUGCCAGCACCUACGAUGCCUUGACUCGGUCCACCAUUCAGCAGAUCUUUGAACUUGUGAAAUUCAGAGAUGAGUUUCAACCGGGCUCACGCAAGGAGAUUGCAGAGGCUUGGACGGCCAAAGUGAUGGAGUUGGGCACGGCCUUGAUAGAAAAAAUGGACUUUGCCUACGUGGACUCGGCCAUCAAGAUCCAUGACCGCAUGCUUUGCUAUCCAGAGGUUUUCAAAUGCAUCAGAAAGAUGGACAUGGAAAUUGGUCAGGGGAGCUGCCUCAACUACAUCCGUGUUCUUGAGCUGAUUUGCAUGAAGGGCAAGGAGGUCGACCAGUUGUGGAUGCUCAACUGCAUCGCGGACUACAUCUUCACCCUGAAGGAAUAUACCAACCGAGAUCUUUCAACCCGUACCCUGCAAGGUUCUCCCAACAACCGCGGGUUGCUGGACAUGUUCUUGGCCAAGCGGAGAAUGAUGCUUUGGUUGGCAGACCAUCUCAAUGGCAAGAACAUCCCUUCUGAGUGGGUGGAUGUGCUGAAGAGCCUUCAGACACAUGCUGAGUUCCGCUCGAGGGUGGAUGCUGGAGGACGUGACAAUGUCCAGCCGGACCAGUCUUGGCUUGGAACGGAGCAUGAAAUUGUCCGGUUGGCUGUUGAUAUCAUGAAGAAAGUCGUCUUCUCCACGUCCCACGACCACUCCUUGAAAAACAUGCUCAAAGGAUCUUCUGCGCCUGCUGACCUCUUUGGGAAGGAACCAUUCUCUGAGAUGCUCAAGCAGUUGGAUGAUGUUGUGGAGUCUUAUACCCACAAGACCAAGAAGACAGAGGAAGAGGUUGAGCCAGCCACCCUUCAUGCAGAGGAGUUAUCCACCUUUCUACCCGAAGGUGUUGAAAGCGUCCCUGAGGAACAUGAGCAAGCUUUCGUCAAUGAAAUUCAAGAAGCAACCGCGUUGGUCGAUCGGUUCAUCAAAUUCAUUCCUGAGACCUCCAGCAAGACAGAGCUAGUGCAAGCCCUUGAGGGAACAGCGGUUGCCAAAAAGCAGCCUGAGGGAACUACCGCGCUCAUCGUGAUGGACACCAAAACGUUGGGGGAGAGCUCGUCCCAGCCGCAUUUGCGGUAUCCGCAGUUCAGGAACUGGGUGCUCAAGACUGCUGUCCAAGCUUUUUGUGCGGUCAGAAACCAGGAGCAGCUGGAGAGUGAUGAAUUGUGUGCGGUUCUUGAUGGUUCGAGGCAGAUUGCAACAAGCAUCAUGCAAUGCUUUGUCCGAGAUGACGGGGUUCACUUUGAGAACAAAACCCGAUCUGAGUUUGUGAUCGUCUUCGAGGAGAAGAGCAUGAAAGCUAGGAAGCAGUUGAAUCGUGGGCUUGUGCAGGUGCACGAAGGCAUGCACGUCAUGACCAAUGGUCCUUUGGCUUUGCCUGCCCAACGCGUCCGGCUCUAUGGCGGCAGCAACAUGACAACAACCAUUGGCCCAGUUGUCCUUGACCCUUUGGAAAACCUAUGGUUGCUGCCGGCCGAGAAGAAAAAGCUUUAUGAGGGAGGGAAGGCAAAAGUGCUGGCGGGGGGCGGGUUGCCUGAUGCUCCGCAGAAGCCAGAUUUGAAAGCUGGGGACCCUAUGACCUUUCACUCCAUGCCUGUGAAAUUUUUCCGUGAACUCCUGCAUUCGUUCUGCGCAGGGAUGGUCUUUCUGACCUGCGACCCUGAUGGAGUCGGAUGCAUGGCAGCCAUCUUAUCCAAAAUUCCUUGCGUGGCCAUCGUGUACACUGCUGAGCAUGCAGCUGCUUUGCGGUCGAGGCUCAUUGAGUUUACGUUCAACCAGUUCCAGUUGCAGAGCUCUCCGCUGUAUCGGGUGAAUGUGACGUCGACGCUGAUGACCAAGAUUUCCAAGAACAAGGUCGCGGCCGCGGCGACCACAGAGCCCGCCGGUACUACGCAACCGAGUGGCGGUGGACGGGGCCGUGGUCGCGGGCGAGGUCGGGGUGGAGUCGAGAAGAAAAGGAAACAAGAAAAGGUCACGGGCGAUGCUGCUGAGGAUGCCGACAAGAAGCCAAAGAAGGACCAGACUCAGAAGGAUGCAAUUCUUGAAGCUCUGGUCAGCAUGCAGGAUGACGACAAUGAGGAUGACCAGGACGUGGAAGAGUGA